UGUGAAAAAUAUUUAAUGGACUUUAAAAUGAUUAUUUUUUGUUGAAAAUAUGGCAAUGAGUGGAUUUAUGGAGUUUUUUCAGAAGGGCAAGACGUUUCGGCCCAAAAAACGUUUUACAAGAGGCACAAUGCGAUAUUCCUUACAUAAACAAGCCCAGGCUAGCCUUUCAUCUGGUAUAAAUUUAAGAAGUAUAGUUCAAGUGCCAGAAGGUGAAGAUCCUUUAGAUUGGAUGGCAGUUCAUGUGGUGGAUUUUUUCAAUCGCAUUAACCUGAUUUAUGGAACUGUAUCUGAUUAUUGCACAAGCAAAACAUGUCCUACGAUGUCUGGUGGACCACGGUAUGAAUAUUUAUGGCUUGAUCAUGAAAGUGCUUGGUAUAGACAAGCAAAAGCUGUUCCUGCCCCAAAAUAUAUAUCAUUGUUAAUGGAUUGGAUAGAAACAAAAAUCAAUAAUGAAGCAAUAUUUCCUGUUUCAACAGAUAUACCAUUUCCAAAAUCAUUUAUGUGCCUCUGUCAAAAAAUUAUGACACGUUUAAAUCGAGUUUUUGUACAUGUUUAUAUUCAUCAUUUUGAUAGGAUUGUUAGUAUUGGUGCUGUAAGUAUUAUUUUAUAUUCUACAAUUUACAAAUGA